GUUUUUAUCAUUUCCCAGCUCCGCCGUCCACAGCAACCCAACGGCUCAGUCAGUCAGUCAGUCGGUGGGCGAGGAGGAAAGGUACGCAGGAAGAAAAUGGGCUGUGUAUUUCUCCCAUGGGCUGUCAUAUCGACCGAUCUGAAAACAUCCCCCUCCCGAUGAUGCCUGACGCUGAUGCUGCAGCAGGGAGCGGGUUUACCGGAGGAGCGCGGUGCUUUGCAUUGCCGUGUUUGUGCUUUGUUACGCAGUUAUUCAUCCUCUUCGUCUUCUAAUCAAACGGCGUCACAUGCAGCGGAAAAGCUCUUCAGCGCUUCGUAUACAAUGUGUCUGGGUGAAUGCAGCAGCCCACAGGAUUUGGACCAACACUGGAGGCCAGCAUGCCCGGAUCCGAGGACAUUUCUAUAAGGCGUGCGAAUCAAAGUUAUUAGAAUUUGGCACUUAACAUCAAUUCAAAGACUCAGCCAUGGGGGAUGAGAGCAGCCUGACCCGGCAGAUAGAGAGUGUGGAGAGGAGUGUGGUCUUCCUCAGACAGGAGCACCUUACUUUGCUGCAUGGCCUCCACCUGGAGAUCCUCUCCCUGCAGAAACGAUGCACAGAGUUAACGAGCGAGCUGAAGGUGAAGCCUCCAGGCAGAAGCCAAAUAGAGUUACAGGAGGAAGAGGAGCUCCUGGAUACCCGAUGUCGGAAGGUGGAAAACCACCUAGCUGAGCAGGACUACACUUUAGAAGAGCUUCGUAAGGAGCUAAGUCACAAGGGGGUUUUGGUGGGAGCCCUCAGAGCAAAUCUCAAGGAAAAGGAGCGCCAUUUCUUGGAGGAGCUCAAACGCCGCAGCCACUGUUCCACCAUCCUAAACACUGAGCUGCAGAAACAAACAGAGACAGCAGCGUACCUCUCCUUCCAGCUGCAUGCUGCCAGGCAGAAACUACACCACCAGCGGAUGCAGCAGAGGCAGGGGCUCCUCAGCAGAGCAAACAUCCAGGGGGCUCAGUAUGGUGCCGAGCAGAACUCUGUUUCUUCUCCAUUAAUGCCAUUAGGGGCUUCUCCUUCCUCUCCUGUGGUCAAACCCAAACGUAAGAGUGUAAGGGCGUCUUUGCGGGUGGAGCGUGCCCGGGAGUGUGUGCCCAUAGAGAAAGUGAUGGGCCCUGCAGAGCCCACAGCCAUGCCUGACCCUGCGCUCUUCCUCCACCCUCGAAGGCACAGGGCCCGCUCCCGGCACACAGUGGCACAGAGACAGCCUCCACUUGGCCUGGAGAAGGAGGAGGACGAGGAAGGCAGGGGGGAGGGGCCAGUGGAGCCCCAGGAAGAAGCUGCCAGACUGGUAUCUUCAGCUGCAGCGCCCCCUGCUGCUGAAACAAAAGCAGAUUAGCAACAGCUGUGACCUGGGCUUCUGACUGCAGCUUCAUCACUGUAUAAUUAACCUCUGUCGGACUGUUAAUGCUGUUAAUUAUUGUCCUGCACCUUGACUGAACUGAGACUGGUUUUAGCUAUUAAAUAAGUAACAUUUAUCAUGGACACUUUUCUAAAUAUGGACUUUGAUAUAUCCUCAAACUACUUGCAAAGCAAAACUCAGUAAAUGUCACUUUAAGUCAGUCUUAAAUGAAGCCAGUUAAACUAUCUGUUUACAUUGGUGUCACAUGCUCAGUAUACUGUGGGGCCUUAUUAUACAGCAACCCCUUUUAGAUGUGGUGAUGAUGAGUUUGAACAUGGUAGCAGCCGUUUUAGGUGGGGCCCUGUUGUGUGGCCCGACCAACUGUGACACUUCAAGGCCGAUCAUAAAUCAACCAUGUGCCCAAACAUUUGUUUGGCCCCUGACUGAGGCACAGCUGAAAUAUCUGAAGUGGUGUGCACGUCUGUGUGUGUCCUCCAUGUUAAAAAAAAGAGGGGUGGAUUCCCUUUACUUUAAAACCCCAGACAUAGUAUUUUUCUGUCAUCAAUCACUCACACAUUAAGUUACAUUUGAUACUAAUGUUUGAUUUGUUUACUGUUUCCGUUUAAAAGCCAGUUUUGAACAUAAUUCUGGUGUCGUUUUAAAGUCCCCAUUAAACCUAGUGAUUUAUCUCUGCAACAGCUGAUCCUACGAACAACCUAGCAACAACACCUCAGGAACGCUACUCGAGGGAAACCCUUUAUUCGACAUGAGACCUGCUAAUAGUGUCAGAGGUUUGUAAUCAGUGUGCAAAGGUAUUACUGCAGGUAAAUGUAGCAACAAUAGCCUUGGUUAGCUUCCCAUGUUGUUAACAAGCUAGCCACUGGUUAAAAACUACAUGAAAAAUUUUAAAACGGAUCACAAUAUGUACUAAAAAUAAUCCUUUCCGACACCGUUUUCCAAAUUUUAACCCUUAUUUCAGGCUUAACAUCACAACAAAUACAUUACAAAAAAUCAAAACAAUUAAGCACACCAUCAUCCAUACAUGCACACAGACCAUCAUAACAAACACACAUCUCAAUAAUGCUAAAUAGCGGUCUUCACAUCUCAUUGUUGCCUACUUCCAUGUGUCUUUAGAAUACAAAAGUAUGAUAGAGAUAUAACUUUUUCUUCAAAGAGGCAAAUCAUGCAAUGAUACUUUGAUAUAUGCCUGUGUAAGGUGGAGGACAGACAAGACAGUGGUGUUGGUCAAGAGAAUUAUAAAACCCAGCAUUUAUGUCUCUUUUCACUGAAAGAUACACAUCGAGUCACACACCUGCUGCUAACAAACUUUUGCAGUGUUUUGUAUAAACAGGCAACACUUAGGUGAUAAAAGUUCUGACUCGUUUGACCAUGCGAUCCUCUCAGGUGUAGCUUGUGUACUGAACACACAUGCACACACAAAAGGCUACUACAACAACUCCAUGUUUUUGUUUGAGGUUGCUGUGUUGGUGUUUUUUCACCUCAGGAAAAAAAAAUGGGCAGACAAGAACAUGACUGAAGGGUGUGUUUUUUCUUAAACUGAUCUGAUCUGUCUGUUUUUUAAAGUCCUUAAAGUAGCAGCAUCAAAUGGCACACUGCGACAGUGUCUGUGUGCUGUCAAUAACAGGACAGCAGGCUUAGCAGAAAGUGGAGUAUAUGUGUGUGUUAUGAAAACACAUGAUUGUGGUGGCCCCUAGCGCAACAAUGAGCAAACAGCACCUCAAAAACAGCAGUUCAACUGUAUAGACUGUAUUUUUUAGGAAUAUCAUACUCUUAAGUUUCUGCUCACACGUCCAUCAACUUAGCUUCUGUAAUAUCUGCCUUACAACGGAGGAGCCAAGAAUCAGAAGAGGAGUCUUGAAACUAAAGAUAAUUUCAUUACCCCAGUGCUGUCCUUUUGUUUCCAUUUUAUAAGACUCUUUGGGAUUAAAUAUGUACAUUUCGCUGAUUGUUAAGUUGUGUGAAAGUCGGUCUCAACUUGAGCCAUGACGUAUCUGAGCAUCAGUGACUACAGUCUCUGAAUCGAGCCUUCCUCUUUGACUGAAUUUAAAUACGACAAGUUGCUGCAGCUAUUAGUUAGAAGUUUGACAUUAUGUUUGAGUAGUAUAUCCUCAAUAAAGCAAUAUAUCAGUAUA